CCUCGCGCGGGGUCCUCGCAGCGACGUGUAGGAGCCGCGGUGCAUGCUGGGUCUCUCUCUUUGCGGCUCGGGCCAGCAGCAGCGCGAUGGGUAAGUGCCGUGGGCUUCGUACUGCUAGAAAGCUUCGCAGCCACCGCCGGGAUCAGAAAUGGCACGACAAGCAAUACAAGAAGGCUCACUUGGGUACUGCCCUGAAAGCCAACCCCUUUGGAGGAGCUUCCCAUGCAAAGGGAAUUGUCCUGGAAAAAGUGUAUGUGAAAUCCAAGUGUAUACUGAUGAGACAAGCUGUGAACUUGUACUGUUUAUCGUGCUUAGUGUCUGUGGUGUAGAGGCUAAACAGCCCAAUUCUGCCAUCAGGAAAUGUGUCAGAGUUCAGCUGAUCAAGAACGGCAAGAAAAUAACAGCCUUUGUUCCUAAUGACGGUUGCUUGAACUUCAUUGAGGAAAAUGAUGAAGUUCUAGUUGCUGGCUUUGGUCGGAAAGGUCACGCUGUUGGUGACAUUCCUGGUGUCCGCUUCAAGGUUGUCAAAGUAGCCAAUGUUUCUCUCUUAGCCUUGUACAAAGGCAAGAAAGAGAGACCACGAUCAUAAAUUCCUGUCAUGCCAUCUAGGCUACUAAUAAACUUCCGUUUGAUAAA